GGUGGUUUGGAAGCUUUGGAUGUCGAUUGUGCCGAACCUCACCUUAGGGUUCCUGAUGCGCAUGAAAGUCAGUGCGAAAACCAGGAUGAUGAUGGUCUGGAACACUGCAAAGGCAGCGAUGUAGACUGCCCAUUUGAUUCUUUUCUUCCGUUUCAGUUCCUUGGCCUGGAUGCUCGCCGCCUCUUCGUCACUCCUCGGGUGGCCAUUCGCCUGAGCCAGGGGAUGCACUUGCUGGGUCUUCUCAGCCAUUUUUCUUUGUAUAUCAGAAUCAAACAAAGGAAAUGUUUUUCCUAGUAUCUCUGUUUUUUUUGCCUUUCCCAGAAAAAUAAAAAAGUAUCUCUGUUUUUUUGCUCUGUUUCCCCUGUUUUCUUUGAGAGUUGAAGAAAUGAUGUGAUAGGUU